GGGAGGGGGUGAAGGCGAGGGAGAGUUGUUGAUCAGGGUCUCUAAUUAUGGCUGACCACUCUCCAAUUGAGGUCCUUACCACAGAGCCAGAGAAAGAAGUUUCCACUGCCACGGGAUACCAAAAUAGACUCAUUCCAUGGCCUCUUGGAGGGGAGCCGGCCCGAAACUAUGCAGCCACUGACUGAUGAGGGGAUGGUGCUUGUGAUGAAAGCACUUUUUGGAGUUUGUAGGCACCCUCUAAUCCAAAAGUGGAAGGCUGGGAACCAGAGGGGUGGCAGGGUGGGAGAAGGGUCCCGAGCCAGCCCUGGAGCAGAAGCUGAGACCUCUGAUGCUUGUGCUGCUGUUGCUGAGUCCCCCUCUCUGAAUUCUCCCAUCUGUGUGGGGACCAGACAGUUGUGACCAGGCUCUGCUCCAGAUUGGGAUAAACAUGAUGGCAUUCCCAGGGGUUAGUCAUCUGGACUCUAUUCCAUUGCAAGGGCAGGGAUUGCCUCUGAUUCAGGUGGACUCUGUUCAGCGAUGGAUGGAGGACCUAAAGUUGAUGACAGACUGUGAGUGUAUGUGCAUCUUGCAGUCGAAACCCAUUAGCCUAGAGGAUGAUGCCCAGAGUGAACUGAUCCCAUCCUCCCAGCAUGGCCCCUGUGACCACUUGCAGCUGCUAUUGAAGCGAGCCUGGAUCAUUAGCACUGAACUGGGAAGGAUUGGGCAGAAGUUGGACCGGGAACGGUGGGGGCGGGUGCACAGUCUGAGUGUCCGGCUGACCUGCCAUGCAAGGUCCAUGAUCAGCGAGUACAGCAUCUUCAGCAGGGGUACCUCAGAGGAGAUGGAACAGUUUCAGAAGCUCUUAAUGGAGAAGUGCUCAGAACUUACUGCAGUCACUGAGAGGUGUCUCCACAUUGAUGAAGAACAGGUCCUGAAGUCCAUGAAGCCCUGUGUGAGUGAGACCCUGAGUGCUGUUGGCCGGUACUUUAGCCAACUAUUGGAAUUGGCUCUGACACAGGAGAUACAGGUGCUAGUGAGAAAGAUUGACUCUUCAGACAAUCUUUACACUGCAGAGGCUACCACUGGGAACCUGUUCAGCUUGACCCAGGAGGGGGCCCCUUUAUGCCGUAUCAUAGCAAAGGAGGGGGGUGUUGUGGCCCUCUUCAAGAUCUGCCGGCAGGACUGUUUCCGGUGCCUAUAUCCACAGACGUUACGGACCCUUGCUUCCAUCUGUUGUGUAGAGGAAGGCAUUCACCAGCUGGAAAAGGUAGAUGGCAUUCUGUGCUUGGCUGACAUCCUGACUGACAGUAGCCACUCAGAAGCUACCAGAGCAGAGGCUGCUGCCGUGGUUGCCCAGAUCACGUCUCCACACUUGCCUGUGACCCAGCAUCUCAGCAGUUUCCUGGAGAACAUGGAGGAGAUCGUGACAGCUCUCAUCAAACUGUGCCAAGAGGCCUCAUCUGGUGAAGUCUUCCUAUUGGCUUCUGCAGCCCUUGCCAACAUCACUUUCUUUGACACCAUGGCCUGUGAGAUGCUCCUGCAGCUGAAUGCCAUGCGCAUCCUUCUAGAAGCCUGUGCUGAUAGGCAGAGAGUAGACACUCCCUAUACCCGAGAUCAGAUUGUGACAAUAUUGGCAAACAUGUCUGUCCUGGAACAAUGUGCCUCAGACAUCAUACAAGAGGAUGGGCUACAACUCCUCAUGGGGAUGCUAUCUGAGAAGCCCUUGUCAGGGAGCCCAGCUGAGGUGGCUGCCUGUGAAAGAGUCCAGCAGAAAGCUGCUGUGACCCUUACUCGCCUUAGCCGGGAUCCAGAUGUGGCCCGAGAAGCCAUACGACUUGGGUGUAUGCCUCGUCUCACUGAGCUUUGCUGGGUCCCAGCUGAGAGGAACAAUAGUGACUCUGUGCUUGUGGCAUGUCUGGCUGCCUUACGUACCCUGGCAGCGGUCUGCCCAGAAGGCCUCCAGGACACAGAUUUCCAACAACUUGUCAAGCCUCGACUGGUGGACUCCUUUCUCCUCUGUGCAAACAUGGAAGAGAGCUUUGUGUGAGAAGAGGACAGAAAUAAAGGACAGGCGCCAACCAGCCACCCUACCAGCCCGUCAGACUCUUGGAGCCUCCAAACACACACACACACACACACACACUGCUAUAGCUCCCAGCUUACUAUUUAUACUAACUUAUUAUUUGACUAGGAGGAAGGUGGGUUAAAUCUAGAGAAAACAUAACUGGAUACCCACCUUGGACCUCUGCAGUAUUUUUUUAAACUUCUAUUACUUUUUGGUUGAAGAUGUUGAAUGAUCAAUAGGUUUGACAUGAUAGUGGAUGAUUUCACUUUAUUUUUCAAUCAUGAUACUUAAACAUGUAAUCUUGCCACAUUUUUUAUACUGUAGAUCUCAAGUAUUUCUUAUAGUUCUGUAGUUUAUUGUACUUAAAAAAUCUCAGCCAUUGUUUAAAUUAAAGAAAAACACAGAGCA